AUAAAUCAUUAAGAUCAACAAGAUAAAGGUCACAGAUACCUGACUAGAGCUGUAUAAGAAUUUUGAAAGGCCCCUUGCCUCCCUUUUUCAUGCUUCAGAUUUACCAUGAGAUGGACAGCAUUGCUGAGGAAUUUCCAGACUUGGCGAGCCGGGAGAAAAUUGGGCAUUCGUUUGAAAACCGAUCCAUGUACGUCCUCAAGUUCAGCACUGGAGGAAAUGGGCGCCGGCCUGCUGUGUGGUUGAAUGCGGGCAUCCAUUCCCGGGAGUGGGUCUCUCAGGCCACCGCCAUCUGGACUGCAAGGAAGAUUGUGUCUGAUUACGACAAAGACCCAGUUAUCACUUCCAUCUUGAAGGAAAUGGAUAUUUUCUUGCUGCCUGUGGCCAAUCCUGAUGGAUAUGUAUAUACACAAAACCGAAAUCGAAUGUGGAGGAAGACUCGUUCCCUGAAUCCAGGCAGUUCCUGUGUUGGGGUUGAUCCUAAUAGGAACUGGAAUGCUAGUUUCGCAGGUAAGGGAGCCAGUGACAACCCCUGUUCUGAAAUAUACCACGGACCUCAUGCCCAUUCAGAGGUAGAAGUGAAAUCAGUGGUUGACUUGAUCCAGAAGCAUGGCAACUUCAAAUCCUUCAUUGACCUGCACAGCUACUCCCAGCUGUUGAUGUACCCCUAUGGCUACACCUCCAAGAAGGCCUCUGAUGCUGCUGAGCUGGACAAGGUGGCGAAGCGUGCAGCUAAAGCUCUGGCGUCCCUGUCAGGCACGGAGUACCAACUCACUAAGGCCCUGGCCGCCCAUGUGGAGGCCCUGCAGGGUGGGCUGGAGCUGGCUUCCUGCCCUCCAGCCAACUUUCCCAGGACCAGAGAGCAAGAAAGAACAAGGCAGGAAACAUGGCCUCUUUGCUGGCCUGGCCCUGAAGGUUCCCCAGAUCCAGCGAGCGGGAGCAGCAUUGACUGGGCAUAUGAUCAGGGCAUCAAGUACGCCUUCACUUUUGAACUGCGAGAUACAGGGCACUACGGCUUCCUUCUGCCAGCCAACCAGAUCAUCCCCACGGCAGAGGAGACCUGGCUGGGGCUGAAGGUCAUCCUGGAACAUGUCCGGGACAACCUCUAUUAG